AUGUUCAUGAUGAUGGUGGUGACGAAGAUAUUUAUGAUGAUAGCGCUGGGAAUUAGGAAGAUGAUAAAUCGCCUUGCCCUUACUUCACAGGCCUUCCGGCGAGUGGAUGAGCAUGCAAUGCUGGUGUCACAGCAACAACAGGACAACUUCACCCAACUCAUUUGGCAACUCAUCUACGCGCGCAACAUCACCUCGGAGUUGGAGCGUGUGAGGGCCAUCUUCCUCUGGCUUUGCACCAAGGACCUGCACAAAAUGAACUUUGACAAUGUGAAGCCGGACUCGCCCGAGGAAAUUCUCAUGGGCAUUCGCACGGGCAAAUCAACCUAUGCGCAGAUAUUUCUCACACUCUGUCGCGUGGAGAACAUCCGCUAUGUGCUGGACACCUUCUACUUCCUCGCCAACCCCAGUCAACUCAUCUACACGCAUUUCCCGCAUGAUACGGACUGGCAGCUGCUACAUCAUCCAAUCACCUUGGAGGAGUUUGAGUCGCUGGCUCUUGUCAAGUCCGCCUUCUUCAAGUACAAUCUCAGUCUCUUGUCCUACCGCAAUGCUGUUGUCGUCUUCACCGACCCGGAGAUCCGCAUCGUGGUUGGGUUCCCACCCGGCAGCGAGAACUUCCUCGCCUUCACCAUCGGUCUCACCUUCGAUGAUCAGGACUUUACUGAACAUUAUAACAGCGUUCCUCUGGUGUACGUCUGUUUUUUUUUUGAAAAUGCUGAUUUACAUGCGCUUUAUAAUUUCUGA